UGUUCGUGGACGGAGAGAUGAAAAAUUGAUUUUUCUUUACCAUAAGAUCAAUCGUUCGCUUUCGGUUUUGGAAUCGUCCGGAGGUCAAACCCGCAGUCAGCGUCGUAGUGGUAGCUAAUUAGAUAAUCGUUUCGUCGGAUACAGCAAUGAGAGGAUGGCUCUCGAACUGAGCAUUUUAACUUUGAACAUUUGGGGAAUCCCGCACGUGUCCAAGGACCGAGCCAUACGGGUUGAGGCCAUCGGAGAUGUGUUGGCUAGUGGCAACUACGAUAUUGUAUCACUGCAGGAAGUUUGGUCGGACAGCGAUUAUCAGUAUCUGAAGAAACGGGUCGAAGGUGUGCUUCCAUUUGCUCAUUACUUCUACAGCGGGGUAGUUGGAUCCGGAUUGACGCUGCUGUCCAAAUACCCUAUCGUGUCGGCCUUCUUCCAUGCGUGGUCGGUCAAUGGGUAUGUGCACCGGAUUCAGCACGGCGAUUGGUUCGGGGGAAAGGGUGUAGGAUUUUCCAAGAUUGCCGUUAAUGACCAGUUGGUGCAUGUAUAUGUUGCUCAUCUGCACGCCGAGUACGACCGGAAAUGUGACGACUACAUGGCCCAUCGGGUGAUUCAGGCCUACGACACUGCUCAAUUCAUCGAAAGCACCCGGGGAAGUGCGGUGCUGCAGAUUCUGGCCGGAGACUUGAACUCCGAACCGGGUGAUUUGGCCUUCCGGGUGCUGCAGACCAACUCGAUGCUGGUCGAUACAUACGAUAAGAACAUGUUCGCCGCCGAAAACAUGGGAACGAACGAGAUCGGCAAGAACAGCUACACCGAUCUGGAAGCUGCCAAGAAAAGCCCGCUCGGUAAGCGGAUCGACUAUAUCAUGUAUCGAUUCGGGGAUAACUUUGAGGGUCGGCUGUUGGAGCAUCGACUUCCGCUGCCGGAGCGCAUUCCGGGUAAGCAGAUUAGCUAUUCCGAUCACGAAGCUGUGUAUGCGAAGAUCAUUCUGAAGAAGACCGGCUCGUCGGCGAUUCAGCAUUUGAUGGCCUGUGCCGGUGGCGAAGGUAAUGGGAAGUGUGAAAAUAGAGACCAGGAAGCGAUCCUGGCACUGCGGGAAAGCAUUGUUAUCUGUAACGAGAGUUUGAAACAGCUGGAAUCACACAGGCGGAGCUACUCGCUGAUGGCGAUAGGGGUGAUUAUCGUUUUGCUCAACAUGCUCGAACUGGAAGCUCCCUAUGGACUGAAGAGCGCCUACCUGUUACUGAAGUUUCUGCUGUGCGGAAUCGUCAUAUUCUUCAUAUUUAUGGCAACGAUUUGGAACGUGAUGGAGAAGCACGGGAUUCUGGCCGGGAAGCUGUCGAUGGAGAUUGCGCUCAAGGGGUACAAAGAUGUGGGCCUGACGGAACACCGUGGUGGGGGUAGUGCUGAUAUUGCUCAUUAGAUUAAAAGUGUCGAUUGGUUAGAACUUGCGCACACGGAGUUAUCAAGUAGGUAGUAUUUAAACUUUCAUGCACUGGUUUUUAGGAGAGUAAAUUAAAUGGGGGUACCCCUGAUUUUAAGACUUAUCUUCUAAGUUCUAUCUUUUCACUAUUCCAUGGAAGUAAUGAUAAUAAAAGAGUCAAAUGUCUAUUGAAUUUUAUGAAAUUUCUUCGUCUUCAAAAGACCUUCUAGGUGAACAUUAGUAAAUAAUGGGUACGUAUCAUCAUUGCUCCAGCUGCAUCUCAGUAUUUUCGAUGCCAUAUUCCAAGAAUAAAGUUUAC